AUGGCAUCCCACCACCACUUAACACCCUUGAUCACCUUCACCACAUGCAUAAUCUUGGCAUACACUGGUUCAUCAAGGGACAUUUUCGUUCCACUCGUCGUCAAUAGUGGAACAAACAACACUGUUGUUAAUGGUACGCAGAAUAAUAGCGACUGUUGGACUGCUCUAUAUGAAGUCAAAUCAUGUCGCAACGAAAUUACUUCCUACAUCAAGAAUGGCACCAUGGAUAUCGGGGGGUCUUGCUGCCAAGCGAUAAAGACUAUAACGCAUGAUUGUUGGAUAAACCUAUUGAACGUUGUUGGUAUCCCGGUCAAGGAAAGUAAUGUCCUCCGUGGUUAUUGUGAUGUUAAUUCUUCUUCAACUCCGGUUACUGAUCCUGUGUCGUGUCAGGUUCUUUCAGAGCCAACUUCUGUUAAUAUUAGCAAUGGAACCACAGUCUAG